UUCUAAAGUCAUGCUGAAAAACGUGAUAAAAUUAUUAUGUUUGAUCUAGCGGCGGUAUAAGAUGACAAACAGUUCAAUGUACCUACAUAACCUAUCUUAUUGCGUACUAUAUAAAAGCGAAAGCCAUGUUUAAUGUAUGAUUUGAUAAUUGUAUCAGUUACGCGGUUAUAGUCAUGACACUCAGGCGCAAAGCUAUUUUUGUAGUUGGCGCCAAAAGGACGCCAUUUUGUAAACAUGGCGGUUAUCUCAGAGAGUUGCCAGCCUCGUACACUUUCGCCGCUGCAGCCAAGGAUGCUUUAAAUGCUGCCAAAUUAAAUUCCAAUUUGGUAGAUUGCACUGUAGUUGGUAACGUUAAUUUUCUCAGCCAAUGUGAUGGAGGCAAAACCCCGCGGUAUUGUGGACUUUAUUCAGGGGUUCCGAUUAAAAAGCCAGCGUUAGGCGUCAACAAAGCAUGUGGAUCUGGUUUACAGGCCAUCAUAUCUGGCGCUUUGGAAAUAUCAGUAGGUCCAGCCAAAGCGUGUCUCACUGGUGGCACAGAAAUAAUGUCAUCUCUCCCAUUUUUGGUACGAAACAUGAGAUUCGGGUCUGCUCUCGGAGUACCAUAUCAUUUCGAGGAUUAUAUCAAACAUCAAGUUUUGGAUAGCUUCACUGGUUUAUCAUUGCAAAAGAUGGCUGAAAUCGUCGCGGAAAAGUAUAAAAUAACUCGACAAAUGGCUGAUGAUUUUGCUUACAACAGUCUUUUGAAAAGGAAAUCAGCUUCGUCGAAGAUUUUACAAGAUGAAUUGACACCUCUAACUGCGCCAUUUAAGAAGAAGGAAGUAUUCGUUGACAAGGACGAUGUUGAUAGCAAUCCAGAAUUGAACAAUUUCUCCAACGCUCCUACGUUAAUAUCUGAUGGUACUAUUGUGACAUCUCUUAACUCAUCGGCACCAGCGGAUGGCGCAGCGGUGUUAGUACUAGCAGAUGAAGAAACUAUACGUAGUCGCGGUAUGACGCCGCUAGCGCGGGUAGUCGCACACGCUGCAGUGGGCGCUGACCCUUACGGGCUAGGCACUGUGGCAGCCGUGAACAAGCUUAUGAAUGACACUGGGAUGAGUGUAGACGAUGUUGACUUGUUUGAGAUUAACGAAACAUUUGCCACUGAAGUUCUGGCUACGAUGAAGGAGUUGAAGUUAGACACGCAGAAGGUGAACGUGAGUGGCGGAGCCCUGGCGCUCGGCCAUCCAGUGGCAGCCACUGGGGCGAGGAUGGCUGUUCAUUUAGUGCAUCAACUACGUCACAGGAACGGGAAGCGAGCUGUGGCCGCAUCAAGUUGUGGAGAUGGGCAGGGACUUGCUGUAAUGUUUGAAUCUGUAUAGUUUAUACUUUAAAGGCAUUUUUUAUGUGCCUUUUGGAAAAAAAUGUAUAAUUAUUAUCAUAACUUCCUCAUUAUUUAAUAAAACAUUGUUUUGUUUUUUUUUU